CUGGCUGCUUGACAGGACUAAAGGGGAGUUCAAUAAGGCCGAAAGCAGAAGCAGCAGUGAUUGAAUGCUGGGCUGAUAGAGCGCUGCGGUCAGUCAUCUGAACGGAUCAAUUGAUCCGUUUGUCUGCGCGGCUUCUUCCCGCUGAUCAUCCCCGGUCCUGGAGCCGCUAAGACAGGGAGCAUCAGUCCUGCCCUGCAGACCAUCAUGGAGAAAUGUAGCGGCGGAGCAGCAUGAGAGCUGAAGCUGCAUCUCUGCUCUAAGAGCUCAUCUGUUUGAGAGGAAGUCCCCCUUUGAUCUGCAUCAGUGUCAUGAAUGAGCCUCGACAAAAGCUUCUACCUACAUAGAGGUCAGUUUACCUCUCAAAACUGACUUCGGCUCGGAAGAUGCUGGGAAUAUUUCGUGGGCGGAGAAAGUUCCUGGCAGCCUCUCUUGCCUUGCUUUUCAUUCCCUCAUUCACAUGGCUUUACCUAUCAAUUGGACACUUUCAAGUGAAGCCCCUCCCCCUAUCUUCACUGGAAGCCCAGCCAUCUUCUCCACUGGGCGACAGUAAUGCGCGGGUAGCCUUGGAGCUGAGGAUCCGUGCGGUGGAAGAGGAGAACAGGGCGCUGCGCCAGGAGCUCAGUCGUCCACCCAGGAACUCCUCUGCCUCCCAUUCAAAUGGCACCGGCCGAGGAAAGCAAAGCCGAGCUCUUUCAGAACAAGGCGCCUUUAACAAUGAAGGACAGAAAAAUGCGGCUGUUGGAAACGGCUCUAAUUGCUCACAACAGCAACUGGUGGAUAAAUGUGAGACUAUCCAUGUGGCCAUCGUAUGUGCCGGUUACAAUGCCAGCCGAGACGUAGUAACUUUGGUUAAGUCUGUCCUUUUCCACAGACGGAACGCUCUUCAUUUCCAUUUCAUCACAGACUCGAUCGCAAAGCAGAUUCUCUCCUCUUUGUUUCACUCCUGGAUGGUCCCUGCUGUCAGGGUGAACUUCUAUGAUGCAGAUGAGCUUAAGUCUGAAGUGUCAUGGAUCCCUAAUAAACAUUACUCUGGUAUCUACGGACUCAUGAAACUGGUGCUCACUAAGGCACUGCCCUUGGACCUGCAAAGGGUGAUUGUUCUUGACACAGAUAUUACUUUUGCCACAGACAUUGCUGAACUCUGGGCUGUUUUCCACAAAUUUAAAGGGACCAAAACAUCUCCCCAGGUCAGCCAGGCCAACAAUUCCCCUAACGACUCCCCCCACAAACAGGGCUUUGACAUCUUUAAUGCGGUGAUCAAGCAGAACCCAUUCCUUGUUUACCAACUUCCCUGCUUUUGGAACGUCCAGCUUUCAGACCACACUCGCUCAGAAAAAUGCUACAAGGAUGUUUCAGACCUGAAGGUAAUCCACUGGAACUCCCCCAAGAAGCUGCGGGUCAAGAACAAGCAUGUUGAAUUCUUUCGGAAUCUGUACCUAACUUUCCUGGAGUAUGAUGGCAACCUGCUGCGACGAGAGCUGUUUGGCUGUCCGAGUGAGGCUGACCCCAACAGUGAAAAUCUGCAAAAGACUCUCUCAGAGCUUGACGAGGAUGACCCCUGUUACGAGUUUCGACGAGAGCGCUUCACCGUUCAUCGAACGCAUCUUUAUUUUCUCCACUAUGAGUAUGAGCCGAGCUCUGACAACACUGAUGUCACCCUUGUUGCCCAGCUAUCUAUGGACAGGCUCCAGAUGUUGGAAGCGAUCUGUAAGCACUGGGAAGGUCCCAUUAGUUUGGCCCUAUACCUUUCAGAUGCUGAGGCGCAGCAGUUUCUGCGAUACGCACAGGGAUCCGAAGUUCUAAUGAACCGCGGAAAUGUAGGUUAUCAUAUUGUCUACAAAGAGGGACAGUUCUAUCCAGUCAAUCUCCUGCGCAAUGUGGCCAUGCAGCAAGUAAACACGCCCUACAUGUUCCUCUCAGACAUAGACUUCCUGCCAAUGUAUGGUCUGUACGAGUAUCUCAGGAAAUCAGUGGUGCAGCUUGAAAUGGCCAACACCAAGAAAGCCCUAGUGGUUCCAGCCUUUGAAACUUUGCGAUAUCGCCUCAGUUUCCCAAAGUCAAAGGCAGAAUUGCUUUCUCAGCUGGACAUGGGCACACUCUUCACAUUUAGGUACCAUGUCUGGACAAAAGGCCAUGCGCCAACUAACUUUGCCAAAUGGAGGACUGCCACCACUCCCUACAGAGUGUUGUGGGAGGCAGACUUUGAGCCCUAUGUGAUGGUGAGGAGGGACAGUCCUGAGUAUGACCGCCGCUUUGUGGGCUUUGGCUGGAACAAGGUGGCUCAUAUCAUGGAGCUCGAUGCACAGGAGUACGAGUUUGUGGUCCUGCCAAAUGCCUACAUGAUCCAUAUGCCCCAUGCACCCAGCUUUGACAUCACAAAGUUUCGCUCCAAUAAGCAGUAUCGUGCCUGCCUUAAGACCCUGAAAGAGGAGUUCCAGCAGAACAUGUCUCGUCGCUUCGGCUUUGCUGCUCUAAAGUACAUGACAGCAGAGAACAACACCUAGUCAUCACCCCGGUUUUAAACUUGGCUUUAUGAACGACUCAAACACAACAUUUGAUUACUUGAAUAAGGCCCUUUGGAAUUUUAUAAGAUUCAGAACCUGAGACUUUAAAAGACGAUAUUGAUCAGAUAUGUUAUCUUCUACUUGGAGUGGAAGUGAUGAUCAAUAAAGAGUAGACUUCUUUAGUGCUGCAUCAGACUGCAGACUAAUGGAGCAAUGCUGUCUGUCACCAACACUAAAGAGGAAGCUGAUGUCCUGUCAUGUUUGUAGACUGUAAAAUGAUAUUGAGUGUGUGUUGCUUUUCUUUAGGAUGGGCUUAAGGGAAAAAUCCAAAACGCAGAGUUAAGGAGGACUGCACAGUUUCACUGAAGCAAACCACAACUCUACCUAAAAUAAAACCGUAUUAAAUAUGUUGAAACGGAUUCAGUCUGGUUUUAACAGAAAGCAGUAUUAGACACUAACUUAUGUUUUUCCUGUUAGAUGGGGGGGGUUACCUUAAGAUUGGUGUAUGAACUAACCUGAUACAGGAAACAAAGAAAAGGUUUAUGAUUUAAAGCCUGUUUGCAAAGCUUAUGAAGUUCACAAAAAUUACUUUUUUUAAUGUUUAAGCUUAAUUGACCUAGAAGGAAAUCCAGCACCAUGUCUUUGUUUUGUUUUUGUUGUUUUUUCUGUUAUGAACAAUCAUUGAAAGGUGUUAACAGCUGGAGGUCCUGCAGUUUUUAUUUAUUUAUUUAUUUUUUUUGCUGAGCCACACGGGCUUCUGCUUUUUUACAGGGAGAAGUAAAAACGGCAAAACAGUUUUACAAUAUACAGCUUUUAAGUUAUAUUUUCACUGAGCCAUAAAAUAACUACUGGAUGGAGAACAGCAGCAGUAUACUUUCCUUAUUUUCCUUUGGGCCUCAGUUUGUGAGACUAAAGAAUUUCUAGGAUUAAUAUCAAGAAAAAAGCUAGUAAUAGCAACUCUCUAAGAGUUGAACUGGUUUUAAUUUAUCAGCACAUAAGUUGAUUGGUGGGAAUAUCAGAUUGGUUACUUGUUUACAUUGUAUUUAGUUUUAGUUAGAAGUAAUUGACACAAAUUACUGAAACUUGGUUCACAGCAAACAUCUGGUCCUGGAAGAACUUUCCUUGUUUCUAAUAUUUGACUUUUAUCUGAAUCAGCUUGUUUUAUGUCAGGAAGCAGAAAAACACCCUCAGCUUUAAACCUAAAUAAAAGACCUAUUGUGGCUCCAGGGGUCCGUUUCACAAGGCAGGUUUAACAAACUCUGAUUCAGAUCAGCCAAUCCUAAUUGAUCUAGCCUAAAGUCGGAAACUGCAUUUUCAGCUUCACAGCGGCUGCUAUGAAUUAGUUCAAGCAACUCUAAGUAGGUCCGCUCAGAGUUUAACACGUGUGUAACAAGUUUGAAAAGCCAUUAUCAGUGGAGCAUCGAUUCAAUGAGUCACCAUGUCAACAGGAAGUGCCUAUUUCACCAUACUGUAACCAGAGAAUAAUUAAAAAAUUUAAAUGGAGAAUACAUUUAAAAGACAGAGAAACAGCGCUACAGCUGCAAAGGAGAGGAAGAUGGAAAAUUAGUAGAUUGUUUCUCAAGUUAAUGUAUAAAUUGAAGUCUGCUGUUUUUGUAUUUAUUAAAAGCUCUCUGUUGUUCCAUUUAAAAUUUCUCCUGAUCAAAAUCACAUUCCUAGACUGAACUAAAAAAUGUAUUUUCUAAAUUACAAU